AUGAGCGAGCCGUUAGAUAGUAGCGUUGGGGUGCCGUACUUGCCCCUGCGGUACAUCCCGCGAGAUGCGGCGUUGUUGUUUCCAUUUUUGGCCACCCGGCCUCGUGCACCUCAUCUUCCUCGCGUGUACGCGGCGUCUCUGGCGUUGGAAUACACACCACUUCGAGAAUCCACUCCGUCUGUGCCAUUUCCUGAUGUUGACUUCAGCCUGGGGAUGUGCUUCAUCAUUGUGGGUUACAGAGGCGUUUUGUGUGGGCGCGUAACAAACAAUCCCAAGACCAAGGUGGACUCUGGAGAGAGCAACUCCUCUGAGUCACGCAAUAGCGAUGCUUGCAAAACGCCGGAUGCCCAGAACCCAUUAUGGCGCACCACCUUGCUGCCAUUCUGCAGUGACUCUACACUACACCCCGCUCUUGGGUCUGUUUUCCGUGUAUAUACAACAGAGGAAGAUCCGGCGUGGUUGCUCCUUAUGAGCCACGAACAGCAGCGGCAGGAGCAACAACAACAACGUGAACGACCACAGGGAAGGCGUAUAUUGGCUGUGAGAGUGGUGCGUAUACCUGUCGUAGCGGAGGCGCGGCGUCUGCGUGGAGCUCUAACAGCAUUGCUGCGCCACCACUGUGGCGACUCAGUGGCCAAGGAGGUGUGUCGCUCUUUGGCCUCAGUAAAGGAACUGCUUACCACCGCUUUGGAAUACUCCUAUAGAAGUGGUGGCAACACGGGAGAGUCUUUACGGUUAUAUUCGCUUUCGUCGCGUCUUACCGCUGAUCAGUACAUUCACCUGGCGGAAGUAAUAAUAUCGAAACAGCUGGCAUCUGUCGUCAAUACGGCGGUGCCAAUCAUGACGCAUGUCCCACCUCUCGCUGGCAGAGUUGGAUCGGGUGCGCAAAUGCAAGGCUUUGGGUCUGGCGGAACAACAAAUAGGAGUGAUGUUGAAAUGAUGUCACUCCCAACCCCGCUGGAAAGUGCCCUCACCGCACUAAGAGAAGAGGUGGAGCAAAAGCGCGUAUGGCUCUCACGCGAGCAGCAGCGGCGCACCGAUAUGACGGAGGUGGAGCGGCAAGCGGAUGAGCGGCACCACGCCGUGCUGCAAGAACUGGAGUUGGUGCGGGCUCAAUACCGGGAUGCACUGCGCGAGGGCAACAAGCUCAUGACAACUGUGAGUGAGGAGGAGCAAAAAUGGAAUGCGCUUGCCAAGGCACGUGAAGAGGAGCGGCGCACCGAGGAGGAAAGACUCACUGCGCUGGAACAGGAGUACAGCAGUCGUUUCGAGGAGAGCAGGCGCGAGUUGGAGGAGCUGCGCACGGAGAAGUCCCGAGUGGAAAUGGAAGAGGCAGCGCGAGAAGCCGCGAGGGUGGAAAUGGUACAUGUUAUGCGGAUUGAGCGAGAGUCGCUCUUGCAGGAGGUGGAGCUUCUGGAUGAGCAACUGGCUGAGAUGCUGCGGGAAAAACGGGAGCGCGCCGCCGAGACCACACGCCCGUUGAGGAGGAAAGGCGGCACCAGGUGUCGCAAGACCCGCACAUUUGAAGAGACACGUGCGCAGAACACAGCACUAAAUGGGUUGCUGCAGAAGUUGAACUCAGAGAUUGAAGAGGAGGAUCAGAAGGAGGUUGACUUAGCCGGCGACCUACACGCCUUUACCACGGACAUUGACGAACUGGAGAAACGGAAGAUACUCCUCGAACUGGAGUACAGCUUGCUUGCCGAUACAUCUUUGGCGCUGCGACAAAACCUGGAGGCCCAAGCAGAGGCGCUCAACGCGCAGCAAGAAGCCAUUGCGGCGAGCAAGAAGCAAAUGCCAACACGGCUGCUCGUUCAGCUGACGCGGACCCGAAAAUCCCUGAUCGUCAAGGAGAAUGCUGCGGCGCUUCUUCGUAGACUCAAAGCCAAUCUCGGCACAUGA